CGAUGAAAGUUGUGAUAAAGAUGUGAACGAUUUGACGAGAAUGGCAAACACCCGUAUAUCUUAGCUCCAAGAAACGGUCUUGCUAGGUUUAGAAGACCGUGUAUAGACAAUCCGUCGCACAGCCUGGUCGGGCUACCGUAUAUCUUAGCUGAAGUAGUACAGAUAGCAACUGCAAGAUGUCACUUCGAGUGCCGCGGCGUUCUGGCAGUGGCCAGUAUGCUGUCGACGUGAGAAUGCAGGGUCUGGGAGCAGAUCUGUUUGACAAGUUUGUCCAGGCACCGACGUUCAAGACAAUCUUGUCCACUUUUAAGCAGAUGUGCAAUGUUCUGCAUCUGGAUCCAAAAGACGACCCCAGCUUUUACUUGCACCUGAGGAUGCGGGUGAGGUCAUGGAAGGCAGAGUCAAUAUGGAGCAAACUGGAUAAGCGAGCUGCUCACAAAGACUAUAAGAAGGGAAAAGCCUGCAACAAUACCAGGGCGCUGAUCAUUGGCGGUGGUCCAUGUGGGUUGAGAGCUGCCAUCGAGCUAGCGCUUCUUGGUGCGAAGGUUGUUGUGGUAGAAAAAAGAGACAGGUUCUCCCGCAAUAAUGUGCUGCAUCUGUGGCCGAUGGUCAUACAUGACCUGAAGAUGCUCGCCGCGAAGAAAUUCUUCGGCAAGUUCUGUGCCGGCUCUAUAGACCACAUCAGCAUACGUCAGACUCAGGUCAUUCUACUCAAGGUUGCGCUGCUUCUUGGCAUUGAGUUCCAUGCGAACACAGCCUUUGAGCAGGUCAUCGAACCACCUGAGGAUCAAAGUAAGAAAGUAGGCUGGAGAGCUCAACUGUCACCAAAGGACCAUCCCAUCAAUGACUAUCAGUUUGACGUCAUAAUUGGUGCAGAUGGCAAACGCAAUACUCUAAGAGGGUUCAAGCGUAAAGAGUUUCGAGGGAAGCUGGCCAUCGCUGUAACGGCUAACUUUAUCAACCGGCACAGCUACGAUGAAAACAUUGUGGAAGAAAUAUCUGGCGUGGCAUUCAUCUUUAACCAGAAAUUCUUUAUUGACAUGAGACUAGCAACGGAUAUAGACCUGGAGAAUAUAGUGUACUACAAGGAUGACACACACUACUUUGUGAUGACCGCGAAAAAGCAAAGUUUACUUCGGAGGGGAGUCAUUCGCAAGGACUACAGCGACACGGAAAUGCUGCUGUCACGCGACAACGUUGACCAGGCGGCGCUCAUGGACUACGCUCGCGACGCCUCCUCAUUCGCCGUUAACUACGCGCUGCCGCGUCUCGACUUUGCGCUGAACCAAUACGGCGAGCCGGACGUCGCCAUGUUUGAUUUCACGAGCAUGUACCAGGCCGAGCACGCCGCGCGAGUCGUAGAGAGACACGGCCACAAGCUGCUGAUGGCUCUCGUCGGUGACAGCCUGCUCGAGCCGUUCUGGCCGACGGGAUCCGGCUGCGCCCGGGGCUUUCUGGGCGUGUUCGACGCAUGCUGGAUGGUGCAGCGCUGGUGCUCAGGAAAACUCACCCCUCUUCAGGUGUUGGCUGAAAGAGAGGCUUCGUAUCGUUUGCUGGCUCAGACGAAACCUGCCAAUCUGCACAAGAAUUUUGAUCGCUAUGCGCUAGACCCGGCGUCGCGCUAUCCCAACUUUAACGUUAAUGCAGUCGUGGCACGUCAGGUGAGGUCGCUCUACGAUGCAGGUGAGACAGGCUACACAGAUCAGAUCGUUGAGCUAACGGAGUCUGCACCAAAACGCCUGAAGACUGAAACCACCACCACGAUGCAGAUUGACAGGCUAUUGGGAUGGUGCCAGGAGCAGGUCGAAGGUUACGAUGGGGUCACGGUUGAGAACAUGAGCAGCUCCUGGCGAAGUGGCAUUGCCCUAUCGGCGAUCAUCCAUCGCUACCGACCCAACAUCAUCGAUCUCGCAUCAUUGUCGGAAAACGAAGUGGAAAAAAACAACCAGGCAGCGUUCGAUAUCGCAGAACGGGAAUUUGGCAUUAGGCCAAUUAUGACAGGGUCUGAGAUGGCGGACGGCGAUGCACCUGACCCACUGAAGGUGACUGCAUACCUCUGGCAGCUGUACGAGUUCUUCUGCAAUGAGUUGCCGUGGAGCGAAGGCCAGGUGGAUGAGCGGCCGGCCGGACGGCGACACAGUAGCCGUGGGUCAAUCUCCAGUCGUCUCAAUGUGCUCAGCAAGCUCAACGCGAGGCGACAGCACGCGCGCGAGAAGACGCAGGACACGCUGAAGACGCCGCUGCAGGGGAUGGACGACAGCAAGCGGCAGCGCUCCCUGGAGGUUGCACUGCAGCGCUUUCAGGCUCACCAGGAGCUGGAGGCAGCGAGGCAGGAGAAGCAGGGCAGGAUUCGCCGUGAGCUGAAGGAGCUGGCGAAUAAUUCAAAGGUGCCGGUGCGGGAACGCCGCAUCCCCGGACUCACGGAACCGCUGCCAUGCAUAAUGAAGGAGCCGGCCAAGCCUAAACCUGACGAGGACCUUGCUGCCCGCAGGGAGCAACUGCGGCGCCGCCUGGAGUCUGACAAGGAAGAUAGACUGACGCAGAGCCAGCGAGAGUUUGUGCUCGCACAGAAAGGACAGGCAUUUACAAAUGCUCAACUGUCAUCUACCAUCGAGAUACGGGAUGGAGACAUUCAGUUCCGACGAGACGAGACGGUGGAGCGGGCAGACCAGACGAUGCGAGAGAUAGAUCGUCGUUUGAAUGACCCGGGCAGCUGCGACACGGGUCAGCGCGGCUCCGGACUGGUCGGCGCCAUGGCCCAGUCUCUUAUGCAGAACCUCAGGUCUACGCACAACAUACCCAGAGCCCAGAAGCACGUGCCCACUGUGAGUCAUAAGCGGGACUGCUACUUCUGUGAGCAGCGGCUCUACGUCAUGGAGCAGUGCGGUGCGCAGGGCCUGUUCUUCCACCGUGAGUGUCUGACUUGCUACUCCUGUGGUCGCCGCCUCCACCUGGGUAACUAUGCCUACGAUGGCACACCUAACGAGCCAGGACGUUUCUAUUGCAAGUCCCAUUACGGUUUGCCUCCUGAUCCCCAGCUGAGCAUAGAUAUACUAGACAGUAGCAGGGAAGUUGAUUUUAGAACAUCCACCCCCACGUCGCUGGCAGUGCCAACAGGCACUGUGCUAGGGCGUGGCCUGACUCCAGAAAGAGUGGAGUUUGAGAGCAUGAGGGAGCAGCUGCUCAAGGGAACCGAAGAGGAUCUCGAAGCAAGCUUUCUGCAGUACAACACUGGCAGCACCAACCCUACUAGUCUGUGUAGCGGCACCAGCGGUGAUGAUUUGUCAAGCGAAGACUCUGAUGACACUGAGGGGGAGUACUACUCUGACAGUGUUUUGUCUAAUCGCAAGAUCACCGAGAACCAGGUGAAGAAGGUGGUGAAGACCUUUACAAAGCAGCUCUAUCAGCAAGACGAGGACUCGACAGAGGACAGCGACGACACGUCCAGCUGCGAGGACGAGGUAUUCAGGUCGGAGCUGGAGUGCCUCGCCCCCCUCGACCUCGCGCCGCGUCCCGCCCGCCUCCGCAAGACCAUCGACCGCUCCUGGCUCGUGCAGUCGCGCAUAGCCACCGCCAGGAGGCGCCAGGAGCAGCAGCGGGCCGAGCGCGAGGCGAUCAUCAUCGGCGAGGCGCCGGAGCCGCGCGGCGAGGACGACGUUGCCGCGGCGACGAUCAUCAUCGAGGAGCCGGAGGUGGCGCGCGUGAUGCGCCGGCAGAAGGACCAGCGGCUGCUGCUCGAGCAGCACAAGCGGCUGUCGCUGGGCGUCGACGAGAGCGAGAGCCGACGCGAGCUGAGCCGCGAGCUGAGCGAGAUGAACCAGCGCAUCAUGGCGUCGCGCUCGUCCUGGCUGCUGCAGCCUGACGUCGCGCCGCCCGCGGCGACCGCCGAGGAGAGCAGGCGCGACGACCGGCCGUCGGACAGGAAGUCCCGCGACAGCUUCGACCGCGGCGUGAAGGGUAUCCCGCUGGGGAAUGCUCCCCCUGCUGUUGAGGAGAACCACCUGAACAGGAUGUACGUGGACACGCUUGCGCGCAGAACGGUGUCACUACCUCAGGAGGAAGGAUCAGACAGUCACCUUGAAGAGGAGUCGGAGGAGGAGGAGGCCGAGGAGAGAGAAAUCAUAAUCAUUGAGGAUGGCAAUAAGGUGGUUGGACUUGACGAUCACUCGACAGGGGUGAUACUGCUCGCAAGUCCAAAAGAGAAUGAAACCGAUGAUAUGGAGGAGCCGUCAAAGGAAAAGGAAGAAGAGGAGGAGACAAUGGAACCCACACCGAAGGUGUUGGUUAGGAGUCCGAGGUCUCAUGACUCUGAAGACAGCUUUACGAUAUCCAUUGCUUCUUCGGUCGAGUCACUCACCUUGGAGAAGCCAGUCACUUCCAUGGUAUCACACGACGCCGACGAUACUGUAGGAGAAGUCGACAAAGGACAGAUUGCUUCUCUCGAAACAGAGCCUGGCGAAAGCCCGAAGAAAAGUGGCAGCAAUCUUGAAGAGGAGGCAGAUUCUAGCGGCGAUCUGUUUGCUCGUGAGUCGGACACCAGCUUCGACUUGGGUGUCAAGGGGCGUCCCCUGAAAGUGAGCAGUGAUAAAAGCCGAUGUCAUGAUAGCGGGAACGAUGAUGGCGUGACCGCGGGUAUGCAAGAGAUGGUCGAUGCCCCUAGGGUUCCUCAAGUUUCUUUGGAUACCGAAGAAACUAUGUUUGAAACUCCCAGUGCCAAACUACGUGAAGUAUGCAGCUCUCUGUCGACGGAUGACAGCAUGUAUGCGACACCUGCUGGUGGGCUGGUGAGUGCAUCACGUGUGACGAACCAGCCUGAACAGUCUCCUGAUGCUGUUGUGGCAGAGCAAGAAAUCAGGAAGCAAAUAAAUCUCACUGAUGGGAUAGUAGGUACUGCUGUAGGGGAUGUUGCGGUGCCUGUUACCAACAUUGAUUUUACUCCUUCAACCUCUGCCAAAAAUUCUGAACCACCUACUAGCAUAGAUGCUGAGAUUUCAACCGCUAGCAAGGAUGCUAAACUUACAACUAGUGAUGAUUCCAAACUUACAGCACUCACUGGCAGAGAUACAGAAACUCGCACUACAUUGGGUCCACUAGAACUAGAUGAACGGAUGCCAAGUGAAGAGUUAGUCGAGUCUACUAGCAGCGCAUUGCCUCUCGUAGGUCGAGACAACGAUCCAAAAGCCGGUGUUAACGAAGCGGGGAAGGAGGCAGCAGUGACUGAUGGUGAUGGGAGCUCGGACAGCAAGCGGCGCAAGGUGAAAUUUCCGGCCGAGGUCUCGUUGCGAGACUCGCUGUCGGGCAGCGACAGCAGCCUCGCGUCCUCGUCCCGCUCGCUGACGCGGCCCCCGGUAGAGGGCGCCACCGCGCACAGGCGCGUCGACGUGGGCGCCUCCUCCGAUGGGACGUCGAGCGAGGGCGACCUGUCGCGAGAUGGCGCCGCCGGUCACCAGGUCGGGAUCGCGCGCAUGGAGUCGUCGCCGAUGGAGAUCGCGCGCAAGAAGGUGUCGAUCCACAGGAUGCUGCGCAGCCGGCGCUCGUGCGAAGAGCUCGACCCCUACCCGGAGCUGACUGGCUCGCCAUUGCAGCGUCCCAGGCCGACGCCGGCGCCCUCUGCUGAGGCCGCGCCGAAGAAGCAGAGCGUGACGGAGGCGAUUGGCUUGAUCCCGUUUGUCGACGAGGGAAACGAGGACUCGUUUGUGCGUCGCGCCGAGGCUCCAGCCCGGAAGAAGAAGCUUGGCGUCCCGACAAUAAGGGUGUUGAGACGCGAUGGUGACAACAAAUCAGUUCAAAGUGGGAAGCCAGGAACAGUCCAGGGUGACGAGGUGACUCAGGACGAGAAGGAAGGGGCAGCCUCGGGCAGGAAGGCUGAGACGUCACAGGGUAGCGGUGAUGGCGUGUUGGAAAAUAUUGCGGCUACGAAUGCUGUUACUGAUACGUCGUCUGUUUCCACAGCCAGCACUGGGGAACAGGCAGAGGAGGACUACAAGUUGCUGCUGAGCACACAGAAGGAGGAGAUGAGGCAGCAAGCACGCAACAGAGCCCGUCUGAAGUCUGAUGAUGAACUAGGACUUGGCAGCUACACGCCGCGUCUUAGGUACGCUCGCACUGGCAGGAACGCCAGUACGGAGGAUGCAGACAGCACGGAGCCCAACAACAACAGCAGCAAGUGCGAUGUCAAGCCGGGCAUUCUCAUCUUCGGCGAUACCGACAAGGGCGUAGCAUCAGAGCAGGUGGAGGGAGGAGACCAACCGAAAGGAGAGGUAUCCGUUUGCGAUGGUGAUUCGCGAGUCGGAGGUACAUCCUCGCAAGCGCCUGUCAUCGCCUCGUUCUCAAAGGAAAGUGUCGCUCUGCAGUCGUACGAUGGUGAAGAGCAGAAGGAGCCGGUCGCCGCUGAAGCCAUGUCCGCGGCUAAGGAUAGCAGCUGUGCGAAGGUGACUUUUGCGACCACGGAAGCUGUGAGAUGUCCGGAUGGCUUCCACGAUGAGCAACUUCGUUCAGGCAAGAGCAGCUUGACGUCUAGUCUGCAUGUAAGAACACGGUCAGCAGCAGAUGAUGGCAAAUUGUUAACAGCAAGGGGUGAAGUGAUGGAUUCGGUUGCUGUCACAGACAUUCUUGUCGAGUUUGCUGAAGAAAAAGGUCAAAGCGAAACUCAGGCGGCCACAUCGAGUACAGGCAGUGUUUCUGAAGCAGGAAGCCACGGUGACGUGCAUCCAGGUUUACGAUCCGAGGGUCGAGCUAGUGACCGCUCUAUGGGGUCAACCGGGAGCAGCACUGACAGCACCACCACCAAGGAAAGAAAGAGUUUGCUGGCAAAAAUCAAGAUGGCCACCAAGUCACCAAAACUUCCCACUGGCAAAACUCCUCCUAAAGAAAAUCCUGUAAAUAAGAAUGAUACGGAAAAAUCUGAUUCUGAUCAGAAGCAAGGGUGGAAGAUAAAGCUGAACCGGAAGAAGAAGAAGAAGACUCGCAAGUCUGUCUCGCCGGAGGAUGACACCACUGAUGUGAAGCCAAAGACUGAUGGUUGGGGAAGGAAGGCGCCAACAGCCGAGAGCGAAGAUUACUCCGACCCUGAUCCGCUUACUGGACACUCGAAGACUGCGAGCCCCUUCCACGACAACACUCUGCAGCGUGCAAAGAAAGCGGCUGCCAUGCAGGCCAAGCAAGAAGCCCUAGACAGGCUACACCUUGCACAGGAAGUGCAGCGAGAGCUGGAGGAACUGGAAGUGAGACAGAAGGAGCUGGAGGCUCGAGGUGUUGUCGUGGAGCAGGCGAUGAAUGGGGAGGGACCCGAUGCUGAUAGAGACGAGACGGAAGUGAUGCAGGAGUGGUUCCAGCUGGUGCACGACAAGAAUGUCGUCGUGCGGCGAGAGUCGGAGCUGAUGAUACGUGCCAAGGAGCUCGAGCUGGAAGAAAGACACGAGCGGCUGCAGAAUGAGCUGCACACACUCGCCGGCAAGAAAGAGAAGAAGAAAUCAAAGAAGGAGAAGCAGGCUGAAGGUAAGAUGCUGGCAGAGAUGAUGGAGGUGGUAGAUCAGAGGGAUGCACUUGUCACCUUAUUAGAGGAGGAGCGCUUACGAGAGAAAGAGGAAGACAAGCAGCUCAUUGCUACUAUGGAGAAGAAGGGCAUCCCAAUAUCAUCGCCUCCCUUAUGCUUAUCACCUCCUAAUGAAACUAGUACAGAGUGUGACGUGACUACAGCCUUAUAAUUAUACGUUGUGGUUACUAUGGCAAUAAAAUUCAACAAUUUGUCACCUAUCGUGAGCGUGGGUGGUUGAGUAACCAUGUAUACUGUUACAGCAUGGAAUUCUCGUUUAGGGGAACAGGUAGAUUGUGUAUAAAGGACAUAGUGCCUAUUUCACAUCCCUUCUCUCUGUGCAUGCUAACAUUUUUAAGCAGAGGAUUAGGAUACAUCAGGAUUGUUUUCUUUUCAAUUUUCUUGAAGCGUGAAGAAAAGUGAAAUAAACUGCCUACGUAAUAUGGUUGUUUAGCAGUAUGUGGCAUGGAUCUCCUUGGCCUAAUAUUAGUAUACCCACUUUAAACAUACACCAUUUCCACGACUUGAGGUUGCUGCCUUUAUUGUCUAAAACUAAUUGGAUAUGAAAUAGCAGAGGCUGCUGCCAUCUGGUAGAGAGAGAAAGAUACAAGUACUCGUAUCUCAUUGUGAUGUCAUUGUAUGCUCAACUCUAUCUGUCUCCUAUUCCUAUCUAAUGAACAAUGGUUUUAUAGCGUGAACCUGUUUAGGACGAAGGAUACCUCAUUUAUCACGUAAAGUAUGGUGCUAUAUAGCAUUGUUAAUGGCAAAGGUCGAACAUUUGUACGAGCUUUUGUAGGUGCUUAAAAAUACACAUAAACGCAUGCAUUAUUGGCAGUGUGCUUCCAUUAGCAUCUUCUCUGUGCUAGCAUUUUCUCUACGUGAGCAUACUUUGCAUCAGCGUGUAUCAGCAUCCUCUACACUUCCUUGUAUCACUCUGGUUUUUAAUGGGCUCCUUACAUUUAUCCCUAUCUACUUCCCUUCACAGGCAAUUGAGCCUAUUCUGCCGGUUAAUAAUCUCAAAUUUAUUAUCAAAAUUAUCUUGAUUUAGAAUAUUUUGUCAUCCCAAAUUGAGACUAUUUACUCCUACGGUGAUAUUUAUUUAACUUAGACUUAUGGAACUAGGUGCAUGCACAGGUUUUUUGCAAGGGGCCAUUUUUGGUGCUUAUUCUCUCCUAGAUGCAGCCAUUAACGUUUGAUGUUGAAUGAACACUAGGGUGUGAGUGAAGUAGAGAUGUGCAGUAUUUUGCAGCUGUACCCGGCAACUAUUCUUACUACUUACGAAACAAGGCAUGAACUGGAGUGUAACCGAUUCUAGAAGAUUGUGGAACGAUUGAUCUUGAUUUCACGGUAGCAAAUAAUAGUUUGUGUGCACUGAGUUUUUGGUGUUACAAUAAUUUGGUCUGCGUGAGAAACGCGCCUGAUAUUGAGUUUGGUUGUAUUGAAACCGGAAUGUCGAGAGCUUUUUUCUUCAAAUAUAGAGAUGCGGACUAAUGCGCUUUCCCAGUUUUUUGUCACGAUGUAUCGCGUGGUGAUUAAAGACAUUGAUGGCUUUCAUCGUAUCCUUCUUGUGUAGAGCAAGCGGCCAUAGUAAUUUUUAACUGCAAGUUGGUGAAGCUUCCAAUUAGUUUGAUGUCUGUGUACUAUUUAUUGCACCCGUUUUCUGAUGUUUUCUAGUGUCUUUGUAAAUUAUUAAUCAAUGGAGAUUUUUUAUAGUGAUAAUCAUUAUAGUUCACGAAAUGCAGUUUUUUUGGGAGGGGGGCUGUCUUCUUCUAAAGUAGUAGUGCUUUGUUAUAGAAUAUACAACACCCGUGGAUGGAACCAGUCGGCCUAUAAUCUAGAUGUCUUCUACAUAAUGUCACCCACCAUAAAUACGCCUGUGUCAGAAAGAUUUAUGGAAUUAUUACAAUUGCAUGGCUUAUUUUUUUUUUGUCACCAGAUUAGAACCACGGCUGUGAUAAUGUUUUGAGAAUAUAUGACCCUGAAUGAUACGUCUAUUAUGUAGACAUGCAGAACCGCUCCCCAAUGUUUGGGUUUUUGUCUUGUGUUUGUCUUACAAAUAUAUGAGAUUGCCUCUUGCUGGAUGGUUUGCAAAUAACAACAUUGUAGCAGGUUCGUGAGCAGAAUUGUAGGGAGCGCGAGAGCAGCCAGAUAAUAGCUUUGAGAUAUAUAUAUGCGCUUUAUAUAAUUGCGUCCCUGUAUAAUUCCCAGUCGUGUUUUCCUGUUUCUUGUACAUAACCAAAGGUUGCAGCUUCGCGUCACGCCUACAAACACUACUAUAGUUGGUAACGACGGACGACAUUACAUGAAAGUUGUGAGCUGUGUCUAUCAUUUUGUUGUUUAAACGGUGAGGCUGUGAUUUAGCGCGCGUUAUCAUGAUGAAUUUGUAGAUUUGGAAAUUGCGAAAAUGUAGACUAUUUGAAUCGUGGAUGCUAGAGGGUGCUUGCAGAGAGUUAAUCACGGCUUAGUAAGCAGA